AUGCUUCCGCAUCUCCCCUCCGCCCCCCUCUUGCUGGUCCUACUGUGUCGUACCGCCGUCACCUUCGCUCAAGACUUCACAAUUCCUGUGGCGUGGCAGAACACCGCGUCAAAUGCUAGCUACAAUAAACGCGUGGACAUCGCCUUUGGGGCUGCCAGCGAGCUUCAGCACAAAGUUGUCCCCUCAUUAGGCUACCCCGGAGACGUUAGUGGCGAAGACGCCGAAUACAGUAACAGGACCAUUGCAAACAUGGUCAUCGUACUCGCAUCGCAGGAUUGGCGCCGUGGUAAUACUUCUUGGAAGGAGCAAGUUGAAACCAACACCCUCUCCUUCUACGAAGCAGGAAGGAAGGAUCUGGACAGCAGGAUACAAAACAUCGACACAUGUACCUUUGGACUUGCUGAGAUCGCAUCUUAUCUUGCAUACGGCAAUGGCAGCUCCCAUCUCGAUAUCGCCAAGCGUAACUUCGAUAUCGUCUACAGCGACUUCAUCACCCCGACUGCGGCACAGCACGGGGCAUACCCCCGCAAACUGAAAUCUACCUGUGGAGCCACCCUGGGAGGUCUACUCUUCUUUAACCACGGCUCCGAUGACCUUACUGUUCACGGAAGUGCGAUAGGCUCUUGGAUAACGUUGUCCGCACGCUUGUACGAGCUCACGCGCAACGCCACAUAUCUUACCACGGCAGAGCAAUCGAUCCAAUUCAUGAAUACGUACCUAGCAAAGCCGGAAGACUCUAUCUCCGGGUCUUUUGAUCCUACGUCAUGUGAGAUCGACCCUGGUAUCAUCAACGCGGACGAUAUCGGCUUUUACAUCGAAGGAUUGAGUAUCGUGGCCAAUGUAACAGCGAACCAGACGUACACUCAGAUGUUGGACGCGUUGAUGCCGUUCAUUGUAUCUUUCCGCGACUGGCAUACGAGUGAUGGGAUCCUCAGUACAGAUUCUCCGUGGUGCUCGAAAGGGAUCUAUAUGCGUGGACUGCUUGAAGCCCGGCUACGAAAUCCAUCGAACACUGGCUUGAUCGCCCUCAUCGAUGCCUAUCUGACUAUUCAAUUCAACGCCGUUCAGACGAACGCGGCUAUUGGUGGCAACGACUAUGCACUCUCAUGGCAAAGUGGCAGCCAUAGUUCCUCUCAGUCGGUGUUCAGCACGCUCGGCAGCGUCGAGGCGUUGGAUGCGCUGAAUGCAGCAUUCGUGAUUGCUCCCACGAAUGCCUCACAGCCCAGGAAUACCACACAGCCCACGAACAUAAACGGUUUGCCAACCCCCACUACGAAUCCAGCGCCGUCCGGAACGCAAAGACACGCAUCAACUUCCAUCGCUGUCAUCGUCGGCGCCUCUGUGGGUGGCGGUGUCGGCGUCUUUGUGGCGCUUAUCGCCAUCUGCGUGUGCCUCCGUCGUCAAAAACGUACACGGGAGACGCCUGACCUUCGAGUUGACACCAAGCAGGGUGAUUCACUUCAAGCGCGAAGGACUCGACUCGUACCUGAACCAUUCACUCAAGAUGCGCCUCUAUACGAUCCGACAAACCCGGUGCACAUCAAGGCAGGCGGCUGGCAUCGCGCGGGGUUUCUCGUGCGGCCCACCCCCGACAUCUCCCGAGAUUCCCUACCUUCAAACCCGUCGGUAGAUGUCGUAGGCGGCGCCUCAGGGGUCGAAACACGACAAUCAGUAGGUGAUCCGGAUGCGCUGAAUGCCCUGGAGAGGAGGUUGGGAAGGAGGCUAGAUGACCUCAUCCAAACGCUAGCCGUUCGCGGGGAGACCGAGAGCAAUCCGCCGGGAUAUGAUGGCACCAAUACCGAGCAUACUGCACGGGGAUGA